AAGCGCGCCUGCUGGACCCCUGGAGUAAAUGGUUCGACAUUUUUGUUGAGCGACGGCACAUCGUAAGAUUUGGCCAUUGGCAGUCCACGUAUUACUGUUCACUCUCCGCGCCUCUGUCUGUCCCUCCUUACCCACUUCUACUCUUCGAUCAAUUGUACGUUCAACAACAAACACAAUGGCCGGACCAACACAACUCGAGAAGGAGGACAAGGAGCGUGAUGCCCAGUUCAAGCAGGCACUGCAUGGCAAGACUGGCGAGGGUCGAGGUGGCCUGAUCGCAGCCAUGGGCAAGAACAAGGACGCUCAGAAGGCUGCUGUCGACGAGUACUUCAAGCAUUGGGACAACAAGGCCUCUGCUGAAGAAACGGAGGAGAUUCGCAAAGCCCGCCGAGACGAAUAUGCCACCUUGACCCGUCACUACUACAACCUCGCAACCGAUCUCUACGAAUAUGGCUGGUCGCAGUCAUUCCACUUCUGCCGCUUCUCCAAAGGCGAGCCCUUCAGACAGGCCAUCGCUCGCCAUGAGCACUACCUCGCCCUCAAGAUGGGUCUCCAGGAGAACCAGAAGGUCUUGGAUGUGGGCUGUGGUGUCGGUGGACCUGCCCGUGAGAUCUGCAAGUUCUCCGGUGCAAACAUCACAGGGUUGAACAACAAUGACUACCAGAUUGAGCGAGCAACGCAGUACGCGAAGAAGGAGGGUUUGGAUCACAAGUUGAACUACGUCAAGGGCGACUUCAUGCAAAUGUCCUUCGAGGACAACACAUUCGACGCUGUCUACGCCAUUGAGGCUACCGUGCACGCUCCUUCACUGGAGGGCAUUUACAGCGAGAUUUUCCGCGUCCUGAAGCCAGGUGGUGUGUUUGGUGUAUACGAAUGGUUGAUGACCGAUGCAUACGACAACGAUAACCCACGUCACCGUGAGAUUCGACUAGGAAUUGAGCAAGGAGAUGGUAUCUCAAAUAUGGAGAAGAUUGAGGUUGCCCUCAAGGCUAUGAAGGCAGCCGGAUUCGAGUUGGAGUUGAACGAGGAUCUGGCAGACAGACCGGACGAGUUCCCAUGGUACUGGCCACUUUCGGGUGAGCUCAAGUACAUGCAGAGCAUCUGGGAUUUUCCAACUCUCGUGCGAAUGACACACCUUGGACGUGGCAUCGUGCACAGAUUUGUGGGUGCCUUGGAGAUGGUUGGCAUGGCCCCUCGUGGCACGCAGAAGACUGCUGACUCGCUCGCGUUGGCUGCUGAUUGCCUGGUCGCUGGUGGCCGUGAAAAGCUGUUUACGCCCAUGUACCUCAUGGUCGGACGUAAACCUGCGAAGAACUAGAGCGACAGAACUGAUGGCAUGGAGUAGGGUGGUAUUUCGAAAGCUUCUCGGGCACGCGGGGAUACCGCAUUAUGCAUUGGACAGGAAGGCGUUCACCUAUAGCGUGAAAGUGUGAUCAUAUUAAUGUACAAUUACAGUUGACCUGAUAUCGCCAGCAGCGGUUUCCAACACUCAUUCGCGCAAAAGCUUCAGCACGUAUUCGUCGGGCAGGUAUCGAGGUGCUGUAUAAUCGUUGGCUGGAUGGUGUCACAGGAACAAGAGUCGAUAUUGAUACAAGCUAUCUGGCGCACCGAUGCUUGAAGCAGACGCUGCAUGCAACAGGCAAUCGGCAGCGACUUUCCGAAGCCGAGCAUUUGUCCAUCAAGUUUACCGGCUAUCAGCCACUUGAUCGAUGUGCACACCGGCAUGACACCCUUGCAUGUCCCCGGAGGCUGGAGGGACUGGCAUAACCAGAAUUCCGGGCCGCCCAAGGAGCGGGCACUGCAAAGAAACGACAUUCGGGUCCAUCGGCUGGCUAUGGCUGGCGGAGCAAGAUUCACCUAUAACGGGCUUGGCAACGUCAAAGGGAUGGAUUCCGCCUUCUGCCUCAUAGCCGCCUAAACGUACGUGUAGUGUUACCCACACAAGUUGAUACGCUCGAAUACAGGCACCGAGUUGCUAGGUAUAUUUGUCGUCACCCCGAUAAAUUGGUAAACUGUUCAAAUUCCUCGCCGCCGUUGUCAACGCCCACCCAACCGCCGAUCCGUCUAUACCAA